GCUGUUGCCUGGAUACGGUGCCUAACAUUAGCAAACGGCGAGGAAGAAGGAGCGAAAGCUAAUUUUUUUUUGGAAAGUUUUGUUUACAGAAAUGCCGAAAUAUCAUGAGGAGACGAGAAAUGUGAGUGUCCUGCCUACUGGCCGCUGGGUGUGGAGUGAUGAAUCCCAAACAGUAGAGUUUGUCAGUUCUGCUCCAGCAGAGGAGGGUGUUUUGAAGAAAAGAAGACAAACCAAUGUCAAUUUCAACUGUCUUCAGCACAGAUCAGAGUGGUUGGCUGAGGUCUGUACAUUGAACCAUAGAGGGCGCCAGAGUAUUAGAAAGAGCCUGAGCCCUGCUCAUCUGAACGCAUACAGAUCCUCGGUGAUGCAGAGACACGGGGAUCAUGUCUCCAUUGAUGAUGUUAAACAGGUGGCUGUCAGUUUGCUACAGGAGAAUUAUCUGCUUCCCAUUCCUUUCUGCUUCAUGGCUGUAUUGAAGAGUAAAGCGCUAGAUGACGUCCUGACUGCCCUUCUUCUUUACUUGUCUUGUUACUUUGAGCAGAAGUCCUUGGAGAAUAAACCUAAGCCUUUAAUGGUUGUAGAGAUCGUCACAGAGCACCAGAUGAUGGAGGAGACUAUGGUCAAAUUGAAGAUUGCUCAGAAGAAGCUGGCUGUGUGCUACUUCAGCCUGAUCGUGGACUUGGAUAUGGCACAGCAUCGCCACACGGCAUGUCGCAAGGGCCAGAUGUCGCCAAACAGUACAGAAUGGCUGCUACAUGCGUGCUUGUACAGCUUCUUCUGCUACGUGGCCUGGGUGACGUUUGGCAGGAAGGACCUCAGAGACAUCCAAGAGGAGGUGGGGCGUCUUUUGUACUCUGACACCUUCAACAUAGCGGUGAGGAACAGGACUGAUGGGGAUUCAGGAAUGACCUCCACUGCUGAUAAUGGUUCAGUGAAGACGAGAGUUGUUGACCCAAAGGAGACAGGAUGUAAUAGCACAUUCAAGCAACGAGUGUCCCAGAGGCGUCCUGCCCUGAGCAGUAUAGUUAAUCAGCGUUCCCCACUGAUGGUUUCUCUGCUGCCCUCGCCCAAAGAACAGUCACCCCAUCUGUUCUCCAGCAGCCGGACAAGGAGGCAGAGCCCGCUGCAGGCCGAGCACUGCGACAGCAAGGCCCUGACGGAGCUCAACCAGCAGCUGGCCAGUGUCAGCUUUGGGAUUCUAGGCAAGCCACUGAAACAGUUCAGCCACAGUACCCUGAUACCCUACGGAGAACAGAAGAACAACAGAGAUGAGGACGGGGACGAUGAACCAGAGAAUCAUGCGAAUAAUAACAGUGAGGAUCGUCCUGGGAUCCAUGUUGAAGGUAGCAAGUCAUCCUUCAUGAGAACUAAGUCGACAGACAUUGUCAGAUAUGGUAGCACCACCUACACAAAGCAUUGAGUAUGCAUUUCCACUGGCGUAACAUAGAUAUUGAAUGUUCAUAGACAUACAAAUGUAUUCCUCAGCGUAGCCCAGAGGGUCAAAAAGAAAGAAGAAAGAUUCUGGUAGCAGCCGAGCUUUCACUCUGGUUUUGAUUCUUAUGUGUGCCUCAUUUUCAAAAGCUCUCCCCCAGACUGUCAUCACACACACCAUAUUUGCGUGGAUUUGAAUUUAAAUCAGCCUCUUAUUUGCCAGCUGGUGGUGCUGUUGAAUAAAAUAUAAUGAAAUCCAUAACAACUUUGAAGGUCUCCACUUUCUAUAGAGUCUGAAAGAUAUUCAAUUCAAGGAAGUCCAGCUCAUUGCAUGCAUAAUUCACAUUGUAUAAUAUGUAUUCUGGAAAUCAAAUUAUACAGUCUUCAAACAGA